AAUGUAUUACUAAUAAUGUAGGCGAUACUAUAUCUGCCCAUUUAAAUGUUUCAUUGGAUAAUAUUCAAAACAGUUCAGAAAAUAUUUCAGUAUUAGAUAAAUCACAAGAUAAUAACGAUAAUUUAUUGACAAACCUGACUCGUUUUUUAGUGCAAACAAUUUCUGGUCUCGUUAUAGAAGAUCCGUCACUAAAGACACUUGGAGACAGUACUCAGAUUUAUAUACAAACAUUUAAAAUAAAUGAAAGUGCCUCUGAAAAUAAACGAAUUGACAAUACCAUUAAACCUGAUCUGUUUGACAUUAACAACAAUAAUACAAAAUUUCAUAAUAAUACUCGUAAUACUGUUUUACAAAAAGAUAAAAAGUGUAUAUGUAAUCAUUAUAAUGCAACUGUAACAAAUUAUCCGAGUGAAAAAACAGCAACAAAUUCAGAUUUGAUAGAAACAAAUAACACUGAUAUAAACAGUGUACAUAAAAUAAAUAAAUCAAAGUUUGAAUAUACAACUUACAAUGUGAAUUAUAUUACCGCGCAAGAGACAGUCACGACUUCUGUUUCUUUAAAUGCCAAAGAUAUUACAGAAACGAAUGAAAAUAUUGAGGUUACCACGGAAAAUUUUACUGAGAUACCUGCCGUUACAAUAAAAGUGGGUGCAAAAAAUAACAGUGACAUAAAUGCGAAGAUUGAAAUCCAUAAUAUUCAACCGCAGAUCUCAAUUCAUCAAAUAAAUAUGAUAAGUGAAACAAUUAACUUUAAAGACAAUUAUAUUGAUGACACGAACGACCUUUUCCGUGAUAUUAAUGAGAUUGAUAUCGACGAGCUUGUUCAUGAUAACCAGACAGAUUAUCUGGAUAUCGAUUAUGUUGAUUUUUAUAAAGAUACAACGAAUGAAGAUGUCGAAUAUACACCCACUGUCUAUAUACCUACAACUACAGUUGCUACAAGAGUUAAGAUUGACCAGAAACCAGCUGACAAAAUAGACUCUGUGUAUCCAUGGAUAGCUGCUGUGUUUAUAAUGAAUCCAGACAACAAACAAUUUGAAUACAUUUGCGAUGGCAUUCUACUCUCCGAACGUGUUGUUCUUACUACUGCCCGGUGUGUCAUCAAAGCUAAUGUGACAGUGGAUGCCGACAACAUUCUAAUCAUCAUGGGCAAGAGAUCCUUGCAGUCCAUGGGAGUUAAUGAAAAAGUUUUAAGGGUAAAAUCCAUCAAGAUCCACGACAACUUCGUUUCAACCAGAGAAAUGGUUGAUAAUGACUUGGUGAUCGCCGUGCUGGCCGAACCCGUAGCGUACAACGUUGACAUACAGCCCGCUCCUUUGGGGCUAGAUGAUAAAUCAGCUCCGCUUGCAACAGCCACGACAGGCUGGCAUGCAAGUGGUCCUUUGCAACCGCUAUACUUGAAACUACAGUCUACGGAAAAAAGUAGGAUGGACGUCAACUGCAAUAAACUGUUUUGUGCAACUCUGGGUGAUAGUGAAACCACAUGUCCCAGCUAUGGAGGUUUGUUAAUAGAACGCCAGGACUAUGACCAAUGGAGGCUGAAGGGGAUAGCCAGUGGCAGCCCCACAAACACCGGCGUAUGCUUCAAUAAACAUCUUACGUUUACUAAAAUAGAAAACUAUCUUGAUUGGAUUAAGGAAAGUAUACAAAAAAUGUCUAGCAAAUAAAUUUAAAAUGUUA